AUGCUGAACAAAGCACCAAGAAUUAAACCAACAGUUAAAUCAAAAAUGAAGGGUCACGUUAACGUGAGACAGGCGUCCGAAGCAAUGAUGGAGCUUCUCACUUUGCUUUUCCUCAAGAAUUUAGCACAAGAGGCCAGAACCAAAGCGUUUGAGGACAAAUCAGCAACUAUACGAGCUCAUCAUGUAAAAGCAGUCGCCAAAAAAGUGCUGAAAAAUGCCAGAGGAUGA